CAAAGUCAUGCGAUUAGCGUGCCUUGCCUUCUAUUGCCUUCUUUAACGUGACAAUCAAGAUGGGCAACAAUAAACUCAAGAACUACUAUGAGUGCAUGUGCAUAAUCUUACUUUGUUCUCCUCUCAAAGCAUAUCAUGUCUCAACCUUGAGCUCAGACGUAAUAAUCGGCAGUUCAACAACGCUGGAGUGCCUAAUUGAGGACAGUGAUGCUUCCAGUUUUAAAAACUGUUUUUACCUGAUUUGGAUGAGAGUGAAUCCGAAGAGAAGAACGUUGGAUGUGAUCAACGUUGACCGUGUUAAAUACACAACAGAAAAUAAUGACGAUAAAAAAUCAUGCAAAUUAAUCAUUACCACGGCAACUCCGGAAGAUGCUGGACUAUAUUACUGCACCGCGCCUGAUGCCAAGCCAUUUAUAGGGACUGGCACAAAAUUAAUAGUAGUGGGUAGGCCUAACGAUGACACCCCCUCAGUCGAGCUUUUCCCACCAUCGGAGUUUCUGCACCCCGCCAUCCCGCUCAUCUGUUGGGCGACGAAUGCACCCCCAUCGCAAGUUCGCAUCUUCUGGGUCAUCAAUGAGAAAGAACACGUCGGUUGGACCGAGUCAGUGUGGUCAACGCAGAGUGAUCAAAACCCCGAGUUCACACAGAGCCGGUUUUGGCUGUCGAAGUCGGACUGGGAUGCCGGGGAAAAGUGCACUUGUGUUGUAGAAGCUGGCGGGAGGAACAUUUCCAAAAGCAUCCAAAGGGCCGGGAAUGACAUUUGCCUAUACCUGGUAUACGGGAUCUCUUGCGCAGCAUUUUUCAUGAUGUUUGUAGCCGUCACAACAGUCUUGGUUUUAUACAAGGGUAACAGGGUUAAAGAAGUUGGGGGAAAGGACCACAGAAGGCGCAUCAGUGACAAACUUGGGAAAUACACCACAAAAGGAUCUUCUCUCACAGAGUUGCAAUAUGCCAGCCUUGACAAGAUUCAUUUUAAUCAACCCCAGUAAAGCCCACACAUCAUCAGGACUUCAAUUUGGAAACCCAAACUGCAUGGCUUGUAACCUUUUCUGUUUUAUUUCCUUACUCAAACCUCUUG